AUGGCAGUCCCAGCAGCCCUGGCAGGGCUCCAGGCAGAAGCCAACUGUCCUGUCUGUCUGGAUUACCUCAGAGACCCCGUCACCACCGAAUGUGGGCACAACUUCUGUCGCUGCUGCAUCCAGCGGUCCUGGGCUGAUCUCAAGGACAGGUUCCCGUGCCCCGUGUGCCGUCAUGCAUGCCAGGAGAGGCACUUGAGGAGCAACACCCAGCUGGGAAGGAUGAUUGACAUUGCCAAGCUCCUCCAUGUCACCAGGACCAAGAAGAGGAGGCUGGAAGAGGAACAUUUGUGUGAGAAGCACAACCAGAUCCUGACCCUCUUCUGUGAGGAGGACCUCCAGGUGUUGUGUCCCAAGUGCACACAGCCCCCUGACCACCAGGGCCACUUGGUGAGGCCCAUGGAGGAGGCCGCCUCUCAUCACAGGCAGAGGCUCAGCCAUUACAACAGGCAGCUGAAGAGGCAGGUGGCAGAUGUUCAGAAACUAGUAGCCACCCAAGAUCGAAAGCUCUUAGAACUGAGAGAGAAGGUGCAGUACCAGAGUGAGAAAUUAACCUCUGAGUUUGAGCACCUGAACGAAUGUGUAGACCGUGAGCAAGAGGCUGUUCUGGCAAGGCUAGCAGAAGAAGAGAGAGACAUUCAGCAGAAACUCUGUGCGAACAUCACUGCCCUUUCAGACCAUGUUUUCACUGUCCGACGCCUCCUAAACCAGGUGGCAGAGAGGAGUGUGAUGUCGGAGGCGAAGCUGCUGACAGGUGUCAGGAGGAUCCAGGACAGGUGUGCAGGCCUGAAGCCCCCAGCUCUCUAUUCUUUCCAGUUAAGGACUGAAGGAUGCAGUCUCCCUCCACAGUACUUGGCUCUGCAGAAAGUUAUACGGAAGUUUGGACAAGAAGUUACUCUGGAUCCUGAGACCGCACACCCGAAUCUGCUUGUCUCUGAGGAUAAAAAGUCGGUGACAUUUGUGAGGAGAAAGCCAGGCGUUCCUCAGAAUCCAAAGAGAUUUCUGAUGGAUCUGGUCGUGCUGGGUUCUGAGGGCUUCGAUGGUGGCCGACAUUACUGGGAGGUGCAGGUCGGUGACAAGCGGGAGUGGGCUGUGGGGCUUUGUAAGGACCCCCUUUCCAGGAAGGGCAGGCGGCCCUCGUCAGGAGGGAACAGAUGCUGGACAAUUCAGCUGCAGGACGGUGGCUAUGUCGCACAAGGGGCCGCUCCUGUCUCUCUUGCACUGAAGGAAAAGCCAAAAGGGGUUGGCAUUUAUCUGGACUAUGAGUUGGGGGAAAUUUCCUUUUACAGUUUGAAUGACAGGUCUCAUAUCCAUUCUUUCAUGGAUACAUUUUCUGAAGUCCUGAAGCCUUACUUCUGUGUGGGGCAUGACUCCAAACCUCUCACUAUCUGUGCAGUGAGGGAUUAUGAACUGUGA